AUGAACAUUUAUGGUAUUGGACCUGGUACAGAGAGACGGGGAGGGAGACUUGAAUAUAGCAUAGCCAAAGAUGCCGCAUUUUGUCUAAGCUACUACCUUUUGAAGCCAGAAAUCGGAGAACAAGUAGGCGGUGACUCCUUUGUUUGUGAAGGAUAUCUUUUACAACAAGGACUUGGAUAUCAUAGCAAUGAUGAACUUGAGGAUUCAAAGAAUCAAGGGAAUUUUCUCGAACUUCUGAAAUUUCAUGCCCAUCACAAUGAAAAUGUUAGAGCCGUUGUAUUGGAAAAUGCUCCAGUAAAUUUAAAAUUAACGUCACUCGAUAUUCAAAAAGACAUUAUUAAUGCCGCUACAACAGAGAUCAUAAAUUUUAUCAUCAAAGAUAGUGGAGAUGCAUUUUUCCCUAUUUUAGUUGAUGAAUCUCGGGACGUAUCGAUAAAGGAGCAAAUGGCUAUUGUUUUACGUUAUGUGAAGAAUGAAAGUAUCGUCGAGCGUUUUAUUGGUAUAAUACAUGUUAUGGAUACAACUGGUCUUUCACUUAAGACGGCUAUUGAUAAUUUAUUUUCUAGACAUGAAUUGAACAUUUCUAGAUUGCGUGGGCAAGGUUAUGAUGGGGCUAGCAAUAUGCAAGGCGAGUUUAACGAUCUCAAAGCGCUUAUUCUAAAAGAGAAUGAAUUUGCUUUUUAUGUUCAUUGUUUUACUCACCAACUUCAGUUGGCUCUUGUGGGUGUGGCAAAGAAACAUUCACAGAUUUCAACUCUAUACACGUUACUUGGUAAUGUAGUGAAUGUAGUUAGAGGCUCAUGUAAACAUCGUGAUAUGCUUCGAGAGAAACAAGUUGCCGAAGUUAUUGAGGGAAUUAACAGAGGCAAGCUUUCAAGUGGGUGA